GAAAACCUCGUCCGUCACUGGUCUUCGGAUCCGACUUUCUUGGCCAGAAGCGAAGCCGGGAAGAAAAAUCGGAUGUCCGAGAAGGCAAUGACGACACAAUGGCACGGAGGCCGCAAACCCCAGAGUAAACAUAAAGAAGCUCUUGCGGGGCCUCACAAGAAGAGGGUCCCUAUCCUCAGUGUAAUCAAACAUUGUUGGACGAAGAGCGGUGUUGAGUCGCCAGCCAAUCUACCACUCCGCCUUCCUGAAAUCGAAACAAAGUAUAACGCAAAUGUUGAAAAGAAGCGGGCGGAACUUGGCUUGACUCAAGAAGAUGACAUCGGUUCUGAUGUGGAAGAUGAUGCCAUCCUUGAGGCAACAGGGGUGUACAAGGGCCGGCUUCCAUGCCUCGGGGCUGAGGGGCAACGUAUUUUGUACGAUCGCAGCGGCAGCGGAGCUUCAUCAUCUUCUCAAUCUAGACGAGGAGAGGAUCCACGCAUUGCCCAAUUGCAGCGAGAAUUGGAGGAGGAGCAGCGUGCAUUUGAACAACAACGAAAGAAUGAUGAAGAAACGAGGGCCCGGCUGGAAGCGAUGGAACGGAUCCUUGCUGGAUAUCAGCCUCCACCUCAACCUCAUCCUCAGCCGUACAUUAUGCACGUUGAGCAGACUCCUCAGGUUCCGCACAUGGGUGGUAUGGGUUAUCACUCUAACUCCGGUUAUGGUGCCAUGCCUGCAAUAGGGUCUACAUUUGGAUCUCUGUCGCCUGAUAUGCUCAAUCAGUUUCA